AUGUGCCCCGCGCCCUCCCCGUCCGCCGCAACCGCCGCCGCCGCGGCAGCCACGGGCUCGGUAACGUUGGCGGUCGCCCCGGCCCCGCCGUCCCCGGCGGAACUCCCCCGGCGGGAGACGCCAGGCGCGCUUCCCGGAGAAAACCUUGCCGUUGCUUUCGACGCCGUCCGGGACGAACACCGCCCGAUCACCGUGGUGGACCUCACCGAUGCGCCCGCGCCUGCUCCGGCUCCGACGGUGGACGCGGGAGGAGUCUCGCCGUCUGGCGUGGAGAGAAACAGCGACGGAAAACCUGACGGCGACAACGAACACCGCGAAAGCCGCCCUUGUCGGAUGACGGCCACCGGCGACACCACCAUCAUCGAUGCUCGAGCGGUUGCCUCUGUUUCGGCGGACCCCGCUGCCGGGGUGCCCACUCGCCUUCUCGACGCGGUCGAUCUGUGGGAGAGCGCUGCAAACGCCAAGAAGAAGAAGGCGGCCGCCGCCGCCGCUGCCGCCGCCGCCGCGGCGGCGGCGGAGGCUCGUGAGCGCACGAACCGGUCAGCGGCGAUGAACAAGCUCACCAACACCGCCAGCAGCAGCAAGAAGAAGAACGAGUUCGGCAAGCGGCGCCGAAGCAGCGGCGGUGGCGGGCGCACUGCGCCGGCUCUGGAGGACCCCGCGCUGCUAGUCGCCGCCCCCGCUACGGCCACCAGCACCACCACCGGCGGCGGCGGCGGUUCAGCGAGCAAGGUCAAAGGGAAGGGGAAGGGGAGGGCGACCAAGGGCAAGAAGGUGGACCCCCUGGUGACCCUUCGAGACGCGAGGGGCAUGGCGAGGAAGCCGCUGAUCGUGCAAUGGCUCAAGUCGGACGGCUGCGAGAGCGACGAGGAGGCAGAGGCCGCGUUGGGCAAGGCCGUCGGGAGCCUCUCGGCGAUCUCCCGGUACUGGGGGAGCGGGGGCUGA